GGCUGUUGAUUCUGUGGAAGACGAUGGCUGAACCUCGACCUGCUCUGCUCUGGCUCCUGUCUCUGCUGCUGCCACUGCUCUUGAGCAAGGCAUCCCUGCCUGCGGCCGCUCACACUCUCAACCCCGAGCGGCAACCGCAGCACAAAAGCAUCCACCUGGACUGGCCUAAGGACUGUGGUAUGGCUCACUUCAAGCCCAACAUGGCUGAAAGGAUUGUAUCUGGGAAUGAGGCCAGACCUCACUCCUGGCCCUGGCAGGUCUCUCUGCAGGUUCGUCCCAAGGGAAGUAAACAUUACAUCCACGUCUGCGGAGGAACUCUCAUCCACAAGAACUGGGUCCUUACUGCGGCUCACUGCUUCCAGAAGGGUAAAGCUGAGGAUGCUGGGAGCUGGAGGAUCGUUCUAGGGAAGCACCAGCUGAGGCGUUCAGAGACAGCAGAAAGGAGUUUCCCAGUGAAGAGAAUCUACCGGCAUGAGAACUUCCGUUACCCUACUCACAGCGAGCUAGACUAUGACAUUGCCCUGGUGAGGGCCGCCACAGACAUCCUCCCUUCAAACUUCAUCCGCUACGCCUGCCUGCCGCGCAAGCAGACCAACCUCAAACCGGGACACUACUGCUGGGUCACAGGCUGGGGAGACACAAGGGGUGGAAAGGAGAACUUGUCUCUGGCAGAAGCUUUAAAUCAAGCACGUCUCCCGAUCAUUGACUUCAAGACCUGCCGGCAGAAGAAAUUUUGGGGGGACCGCGUCCGAGACUCUAUGAUCUGUGCUGGAUUUAGGGACACCGAGGAUCCACCAGCCGCAUGCCAGGGAGACUCUGGUGGUCCUCUGCUGUGCCAGGUGGGGCUCGACCGCUGGGAGGUGCACGGCGUUGUGAGCUUCGGCCCCAUCGGCUGCACCGUGGAGAACAAACCCAGUGUGUUCACCCGCACUGCUGCUUACAUGCCCUGGAUCGAGGCAACGCGGAUCAGGGACUUCUUUCUGCACUAACCAGAUCUUGAGCUCUGCUCCAUUUAAUGUCUUCAGACCUGCCCAAACUGUUUUUUUCUACUAGUCUCAGUCACAACCACAAUGUUGUUUCAUCAACAACCACUUAAAACUGUAAAUGUUCUCAACUUGCAUUUGUUGUUUUAUAACACCCUAUGUAAGCAGUCAGCACUGCCUAGUUUAUACCAGACAAGACCUUUUACAUCCAACAAUGUGCAAUAAAACUUGUUCAAAGCAA